AUGGCAUACCAGGAAUUCCAAACCUGCACUGACCCCGUGUUUGAAUCAAGGAAAAUCGUCGAUGCCGACGGCACAGCCCUCUACGAGACCCAAUUGGUCUCCCUCUUGCACGAGAUCAUCGCGCGCAAUGACAGCAAUCUAUUAAUGCAAUAUAUCACUGCUUGGGAAUGGGAUCUUCCCGGUCGUGAUAUUCCAGUUCCAGACAUCCACUCGCACGAUCCGUUCUAUAUCGCCGCAGCACAUGGGUGUCUCGACGCGUUACGCGUUUUGCUUGAUGCUCACUCCGCGGGAAAGACAGAAGCCCACUCAGCAUCAGCCUCAGCGUCAGCGUCUAUCGAGCAAGAGCGCGGAUUCUCGUUAUUGCAUGUUGCUUGCCAGCACGCGCAGAUCGAGAUCGUGAAAUUCCUGCUCGAUUCGGAUCCCGCUUUAGCGACAGUUCAUGAUAAGGAUCCGGGGGGUUGGACACCGCUCAUGGCCGCAGCUUACUCGACUGGGACUUUUGGCGACGGCGCAGAUACCAGCACCCUGGGUGAGGUGUUGAUAAAUAUGCUCCUGGACCGGGGCGCUUCAGCGCGUGAUUGCGUGUCAUCACCUACGACUGGCAUUGAUACGGCUACAGCUAGUGAAUCUGGAGGGCACCGACUACCGCAAGCAGACUCCACCGUUCUCAGUCUGGCAAUUAGUGGCUGCAGUUACAGGACAGUGAAACGGCUCCUAGAGGCUGGUGCAGACAUCCAUCAACCUCUAGCAAUUCAUAGCGACACCCCCGGUUCCGGGUUCUGGGAUGACGGCCUUGAUGUCCGCGAUGUCACCGCGUUGCAUCUCGGCAGCGCCGCUUGGAAUGUAGAAGGGAUCAGGGCGGUUCUUGACCAUUGCUACGAAAUGAAGUCCGACAUGACCUUCUGGCGCGACAGUAUGGGCCGACUGCCCCUGCACUACGCGGCCGCGGGCUCCGAUCCCACUGGCACAUUAGAGCCGUCUCUGAUCAUACUUGAGAACGAUUUGGCCCAGAGAAUAACCGGUACGUUUGAGCUGCUCGUACCGAAUGAUGACGCCGGCACGGCGAAGUUGAUCAACACGCGCGACGCGCAAGGCGCCACACCCCUUCACUACGCCGUCCGCACGCACGGCCGCUGCGGAACCCAGGGCUCAAAGCACGCGUAUCGGACAAUUGCAUGGCUCUUAUCGCACGGCGGAAAUGCCAGCAUUGGAGAUGGCAGAAACCGAACCGCUCUCCACGUUCUCGCCUACGCCUCCCUGGACGGCGAACCCAUCGAUACAAAUCUGAUCACGCUCCUGAUGAAGUACGGAUGCCCGCUUGAUACGCCGGACGAGGACGGCGAAACACCGCUACACAUCCUAGCGCGGCAUCUGCGCCAAGCACAUGCAGCCAAGGAACUCAUUAAACACGGGGCGCGAGUUGAUGUCGUUAACAAGAAGGGGAAUCUACCACUGCAUGAGGCGAUGAGGGGCGCGAUCAGGCCCAGGCUAAGUUGGGAUUGUCAACGGCAGGAACAGGUAUCGCUGGGGGAUCGCGUUCGGGCUCAGGAUGAGGUUGUACGGGCUCUGUUGGAUGUGCAUGGCACCACCAGUGUAUUGGAUCAGCCUAAUGGGCAGGGAAAGACGCCGCGGGUGUUGAGGGAGGAGACGAGGCGGAGAUGGGAGGAAAUGGAGCGAGGAACCAACGCAUCAAACUAG